UCUUUGAGGUUGUGUCCUGUGUCCGUUCCUCUCGCUUUGGGAGUAUGUUGAGCCGCAGGCUUUCCCUCCUCAACUUGGCCUUCCGACGGAGCAUGGCUACAGCGCGCGGGAGCUUGGGGGCCAGCAAGAAGGAGGUGGCGUGUUUCUACGAUGUCCUAUCCCCGUACUCAUGGUUUGGCUUUGAGAUUAUUUGCAGGUACCGUCCCAUCUGGAAUAUAGAUCUGCAUUUACGGCCAGUUUUCCUUUCAGGGAUAAUGAAGGCAACUGGGAACCAGCCUCCAGCAAUGCUUCCCAAGAGAGGACAGUAUUUGCUGAAGGAUAUCAGUCGAAUGGCGAAGUAUUACCAAGUGCCAGUGAAUUUACCGAAGGAUUUCCUAGGUUCUGUGAUUGUGAAAGGAAGUCUGCCUGCCAUGCGUUUUGUCACUGCUGUGGAUAUAGCAGAACCACAGUUUCUGGAGGCUGUUUCUAGAGAACUUUGGAUGCGCAUUUGGUCCCAGGAUGAGGACAUAGUUGAGCCAGACAGUAUAUUGGCAGCUGCAGAGAAAGCAGGGUUGCCCUCAGGCAAAAGCCAGGAGCUUCUGAAAAUGAGCACCUCACCAGAGGUGAAGAAUCGCCUGAAAGAGACAACAGAUGAGGUCCUGAAGUUUGGGGCAUUUGGAGUGCCGUGUUUUGUUAUCCAGGUGGAUGGAGAGCCCCAGCUGUUCUUUGGUUCAGAUCGUAUAGAACUACUAGGAAGUGUUUUGGGAGAGAAGUGGUUGGGACCAGUUCCCGCAUCUUCUAAGCUCUAACUCUCAGGAGCAAUGAGAAAAGUAAGCAACCUAGCACUGUUGCAGACAUCCUGUCCUUCCUACUUCCACAAGAUGACUGGCAUUAGAACUGGCCUAAUAUAAAAGGUCAUGAUAGUUGCUUUCAAAUACCAUGUAACUGUACAGUUUACAUGCAUCUAAAUCUAGAAUGUUUCCACAUGAGUAUUUUGCACCAGUUUUUCACACCAUUAAAUAGGAUUAAGAAAGGGCUCUUAAAUUAGCUUUAUGUCUAUUAUCAAUGAUUAUCCUGCAAGGUAAGCCAGUGCUGUUAUCUCUAUGUUGAUAGGUUCUGUUUUACAGCAGCCACUCAGACAUUUGUGUGUACAACCAAACAAACGCACAUCCACCUUGCUGAUUUCACAUGCUUUGCUUUUGAUUUUUGCUUGUCUUUUCAACUGUGCCUCCACCACAGUAGCCUGGAGGAGGCAUGUACUGUACAUUGUCUGUAUCCCCUUCUCUUUGGCAUGAGGUCAGCACCUGCCAACUUUCAAUCCUUGCCCCCUGUCCCCCAACUGCCUGGUUAGGGUUAUUGGUGAGAUUGUGCCAGCAAUUUAUUUUCCUUCCAUUUUGGGUGUAGUGUGAGUGUUGCUCCAGGAUAGUCUCUCCCCCAUAUGCUAAAGGCUAUCAGAAAGUCCACCUCCCCUUAAGCCCUCAGAAUGGAGAGUUAUAGAUAGAUAAGCCUGUAUAUAUCCUUUCCUACAAACCACUGAGCGUCAGGACCUAGGUGGCUCCUAAAGGUAAUGCACCAUAAAAAGUUCCAUUGGUUCAAUUCCUGGCAGAAUAACAUCCGGUUACCUACGACUGAUGAUUCCCAAUAAGGAUGAAACCAGCAACCUGCUGGUCAAGGUAACUGAAAAUUCCCAUCUGCUAGCAGUGUUCAGGGUUCUAUUCAGGCUGCUUGCCUGCAAGAAUUGUUUUGUCUGUCCCUCAUGCUCCAUACCAGACACCACAGCCACAAGCAGCAAUAGGUCUAGUUGAGGAAAGCAGCCGGCUGUAAAAAUAUUGACGGGUUACUUUUCACCAUCAUUACUAUCACGAGGAUUUCAUUUAUAUAAUACUGCAUUUACACCCUCUCCUCAUUUAGCAACCGUGUUCCGUUCCAGCGACUUUGUCAUUAAGCAAAAUGGUUGCUAAGUGAGCAUGUGACAGAGACAGCAAAGAUCAUUGGUCGCUGCCACCUCAUUCAGAUAAAGUUCUCUCGUACAGCUACGCCAGUGUUACUCUCACUGCAGCAUGUGUUGUUCUCAGGCACAUGAAAUUUGGCCAUAAAUGCAUGCAUUGGUCAGAAAAUGAACUUUUUAUUACUGUUUAUUACCGUCAUGUUUGUGACUGGUUGCUAACCGAGGAGUGGCUAUAUAGCCCACCUUUCUUUGGGAGCACAGGGUACGUUUAGUAUAAAGGCCUCCACUGUGUGGGAGGUUGCACUGAAUGUCAAAGAAGAAACAAUGGCUUGGGAGCUUUGCAGCUACCUCUUCAUAGCAGCUGCCAGUUCAGGUGACCAGAUAGAUGUCCACCAUAUGUCCUGGAAAGAUGGGCAGCAGGUUGGGUCUUUCCGGAUGGAGAUGGGGAUGUGAACUUUUAUUGCCUCCAGGAUCUGCAGUAGCUUGUGGGGAGGGCCUACUUCUUAAAAGAAUGCAUCUUUUAAGCUCUCCCAUUGGUCAGCCAGAGGAGGAGCACUGAUUGGCUCAUGGUGUUCCCUACCUGUUUUCUGUGUUUCAGUGAAGAUCAUCGCAGGUUGUUGUCAAACUGGAGUAGAAACGCUGCAGUGGAAAUGCCCAUUUAUUUGAAUGCAUUAUGAUGUAUGUGAGUGGUAUAUUGUACAUGUUUAUGGGUACUAAUAUAGCCAUUACAUGAAAACUUGAUUUCAAAAGUCAGUUGUGAGGGAGGGGGUGUCCAUUAGAACACAAAUUCCAUCAAUCGUGGUGGUCUGUAUCAUUUGUGUGAUACUGUCAUUGACUAAAUGAUGUCAUUUCUAUAAAUUGACAUGACACGUUUGUCAUUUGCAUGAAGAUAUCAUUACACAAAUGGUGUAGAUCACUACAAAUGACAUAAAAUUAGCAUAAAUAUAACUGCCUUACUCAGAAUGUUUUGAAAUAGUGGACUUUUAAGGGGAUGCCCAGAUAGAAAUUUGGUUCAUUGCCUCCAAAAUAGUCUGCCUGAGACACUCGAAUGGGGUCUGUGAAACUGAAGUUUCAUUGUAAUACGGAAGCUUCUCUUUCAGUUGCUUCUCAUAUGUUUAUUUUUUGUUUCUUCCUUGGCCCUGGAAAACCUAUUGUACGAGUAAUAUCAUGGAACCGUUAGGAAUGAUUGCCAUUUUAAGGCAUCUAUUAAGCUGGUUACAAAAUCACUGCAGGGCUUGAGUGCACGCAACUGUCCCUGGGGCAUCUGUUGAUUGAAAGAUAAAAGUAUCUUUUGAAAAUUUGCAUUAAUUUUUUCUGGAAGGGCAAGGUUUGAGGAAAGGGACAAGAGCUAGUUUGAGGGAUGGAUUGAAUGAAUUCCCAUUUGCUCAUGAGGAGGGUUUAUGAAAACAUCUUAGCUCACUGUACCAUUCAAAGAAGUUAAGAGGUUGUCUGGUUCAAAUACAGCUGAGAACAGUCUUCAGUUGGGUACGGGAGAAUUUUAGACUGGUCCUUCCACAAAAAGAAAAGGUUGCUAGGAUCUUUGUGCCUUCUAUUUACACUGUGCUUCCUUUGCUUAGAUUUUCUUCUAAUAACUGUU